UAAUGAGAUAGAUAAUUUUCUAUAAUUUUCACUUUGCUUGCUUCCUACGCCAUAUAAAAGCCCAAAGUUGGAUGAUAUAUAAAGGUCGGAAAGUGAAAUCUAAGGACUUAACAAAACCUUAGUGCAAGUGCGAAGCUUGAUUACCUUCUUGAUUUUGCUAGAAAAUUUCUUGGGUUUGGGGUCCAAAUCAGGUAUGAGAUUCACCUGACAAAGGGCGGUGGAGGAGGAAGAAAGUACCCCCAUGGCCAUGAAGUGAUGACCAGAAGCCAAAAGUCCCCCAUCCCGACUUUCUUUAAUCAAGGUCUGAAUGUGGAUGCACGUGUGUUCCCCCCUUCUCUCACGUGCAUGAGUCAUGCAAUAAAAGUUAGAAGAGAAACAAACCAACUGUGAGAAGUGGGGAAAGAGGUUGAUGAUAAAGAGUAAAAAGAGAGGGACAAUUUCCUAUAUUCGCUGUCAUCGGGACUCAUCAAAAAGAAAUAUAGCAUACUCCCCCAUCUGAUCUCUCUCUCUUUUCAACAAACUUUUUUAAUGCUUCUCUCUUCAUUUUUCUGCAUUACCAAAUUGUUUUACAGUUUUUAAGAAAGGGUUUCUAGUCAUUUGAAAUAGAUUAAAAUAAAAAACCCAGAGUCCAGAAGAGAGAGAGAGAGACAGAGAGAGCUCUGCUCUGAUUCCCUUCUUGUGGAAAUGCUACAUAACCCAGAGCUUGAAUCUCAUUGUCAUUUUGAGAUCAGAGCAAAGCUUACAGACAAGUUCAACAAACAGUCCCCUGCAUUUUACUCAUCAGAGAGAUAUAUCUUCAAGUUUCAGGUGGAAAAAGCACAAACUAGCCAGCUAGCUAACAACACAGGGGGGUUUUGUUUAUGAUUACUAUAUAUAUAUACAAGGUGAGAAUUAUCCAAGAAGAAAAAUCAAAUGGAGUAUAAUUCACCUCGAGUUUCACGUAAAGUACGAGGAGGACCCACAUGGAAGAGCAGGUACGCCGUCGACGAAGGUGGGGAUUUCAUAGAGUGUUCUGGCAAGUAUUGUCGAUCAUGCACCGCUGGAGUGAUUGCUGACUGUGUGGCACUCUGUUGUUGCCCUUGUGCCGUGCUCGAUCUCUUGACGCUCGCAUUGGUUAAAGUCCCAUGGAAAAUGGGGAGGAGGUGUUUGGGUCUGGGGAAGAAGAAGAGAAAGAAGGUGGAAAUGAAGAGAAAAUGUAAGACAAGCUGUUGUUGUUGUAGUACUAGUGGUGGUGGUGAUCAUCAGGUUGGGGAUGGGAAUUUGAGAGAAAGGGUAAGGGUAGAAGAGGGAAUGUGGGAAUUUCCAACAGCAUUUGCAGAAGAGAAAGAAGAAGAAAUAGGGAAUUUGAGUGCAAGGCUUGAAGCUGAGAGAGUUUGGUUAGAGUUGUAUCAGGUUGGUCAUUUGGGUUUUGGGAGGGUUUCUUUCACUGGUAUUUAAUCUGUUUAGGCUUUCUUCAAUACAAAAAUUGUGCAAUUACAUUGUUGUUUGGA